AUGGCAAAAUCAAAUCAAUGUUCUACUUGUCAAAAGCCAACAGGAGUAAUGCAUUGUAUAGGUUGUGAUCGUUACUUCUGUACAAAGGAUUUCAGAAGUCAUCGUGAAAUAUUAUUUACUGAGAUGGAACAACUCAUUGAAGAACGUAAUAAACUACAAGAGAAAAUUAACACGACAGCAAAACCAAACAACUCAAGCGAUCCAGUUAUUGAAGACAUCAAUGCAUGGGAGAGGAUUACAAUUGAAAGAGUGAAGCAAACAGCGGAAUCUGCACGUCAACAGGCUAAUGAGUUGAUGACUUCAAAAUCCGUGAAAACUACAAAUGAAUUCAAAGGCUUCUCAGACGAGUUAGCUGAUUUGAAAGAAACUGAGGAUUAUGUUGAACAUGAUUUAAUAAGACUUCAAGAAAAGAUCAUUCAACUUAAUUUAGACUUGACUCAACUUUCGCAAGGAACUAGACUUGAGCUGAAUAGAGAAGAAAGUGAAAGAAUAAACUGGAAUUAUAUUAUCUAUGUUCAAGAAAAACCUAUCGAAUUUGAACGUCAACAAACACGAACAAUAAUGGCAGGUAUGUUUCUGAUGUGGAUGUGGGUGUAG